AUGACAGGUCUUCCAAUCGUACGAGCGCUGGCUGGCCUUGGUCCACCAGCCAGAGCUGGAUCCUGUGUUCUGAUUGGUCGUGUCGUGGAUAGAGGUAAGAGCACACCACUCAUCCUCAGAUCCUUCAAUUUGAUUGGUCGGAAUCGGGGCUGGCUUCUUUUGAGAGAGUUACGCGUCGAGUCUUGCACGUUUCUGCUUGUCCGUGGGACCAUUGGCCCUUCCUUAUCUGAAGGUCCCCGUAGGGUAGGUAUUAGCGUCGCCACCUUAUCAUCCUACCCAGACCUCUUACCCAGCCACUCAGCCAUGCCCCGUUUCAACAAACACACUCCCGGCCCUAGGGCCUCAAAUCCGUACCCUCUCCGUUCCAGGGUGAACCACCCGAUCCAUUCUAGUCCUUUAGAGAGAGGUCGAGUCCUGGGCUCGCCUAUUCAAUUGGACUCUCGAGAGUCCUCACGUCCUCCGAUUCUGAAUGCGUCGCCGAUCGCGCCGCCAUCGUCGGUCAGGGGCCAACCAGCUGGUUCCCCCAUCGAGAUCGACUCUCAAGGGUCUGCCCCGCCUCCGCUGGCCGAUCCGCGCACGAUCACGCGGCCGGUUUCUCCCAAGGCCACCCGAGCUUCUAGAGCACAACGGGUGCCUCCUGGUUUGGUGGGGCUCCUCCCUCAAGAUCAAGGUGCCGCCUCACCGCCCUACCAGCACUGUCCAACCCCGCUCCUGGACCCGAAUCCGAUGUUUCAGCCACAGGUUACGCCCGAGUGGCGUCGUCCAGCUUCGAACAGCCGAGGUUCCUCGGGUUCUCCAGUGGCUCGUCGUCCUUUCGAGGUUGCAGAAUCGUCAUUGAAUCACUUGUCGUCGCUUCUGAGCUCAAAUCGCGCUGUCAUUGAUGAGCCCUGGACGCUACCACCGGCUCCGCGUCCACGAAAUCUGAGCACGCCCAGCGAUGUCCGUUCCGCUGUCGACGUCGUGCCUCCUACUUCGACUUCCGUCUCUCAAGAAGAGUCUGCAGUCUCAGCUGAAGACUCUUUCGAGUCUUCUUCCAGUCGGCACACUGCCUCCAGCAACCAGUCCUAUCCCUUCGCGCGUCAGCCCCGUGUCGCCUCGCCUGAUCCUCCUGGGUUCUACGACGUCGACGAGUUCCAUCUCCUGAGGGAUCAUCAGAUCGAUUCCCUCCUCAGUCGUCGAGCGGAUCCGGCUAGGUUCGAUCGGUACGCUUUUUGCCCUCGAGAGUUUACGGCCUUCUAUCAAUCGGCCGCUAGUGGUUUUGUAGCCUACUGCAAUGCAGAGCGCCCUUCGGGUCCUCGUGAUCAGGCUCACCGCGUUAGUCACUUCAAAUUUCUUAACCGCAGCUACAUGUCGCUUAGGCGUCACUUCCGUCACUUGG